UUCUCAAUUUAUAAAAUCCAAAGCUUUUUUCUCCGAGAAAAGGAUGUAAAGCAUAAUGUGUGUUCGGUACAUCUUCCUUCGUACACACCCAUAAUUAAUAAUUAUGAUAAACCCAAAUAACGAUAGGAAAUUAGGGCAAAUUCUGGAGAAAAGAAAAUAGCAGUACUUGUAUUCUUCCAGUUUAACUUCAUAAUCAUAAUAAUAAUGAUUGUGAUUUCACAUAAAUGCCACGUUAAAGAAGAAUAAGCAGGAGUGGUAAUUAGUAAUGGAAUUGGAAAGAUAGAGAGAAAUGAAGAAGAGACUUGGUCGGUGGGGCAAGAGAAAGAGGAAAGAAGAGUCCAUCGAGUCACGAAAUCAGAACAAUGGCUUUGCAGAUUGAAGAAGAAACCUCACGUUAUUUGUCUUCUUCUUUGCUCUCUCUGUAUAAAGCUGAUGAUUCCACAUUUCAUUGUUAACUCAUCUGACAAUUUCCCUCGCUCAACCUCUACUCACUAGACGAUAACACACAACAAAACACACAUUUGAUUCUUUUCUAAUAAUUACAUGCACCUCCCUAUAUUUGAUGUCAUUUUCAUGAAUCACGGUAUUGUUUGUUUUGGUUGUUGUUUCAAUUUUCACAUAUUUUUAGUGGAUAUUACAUUUUAGACUCUGUUUUUAUUCAUGUUUCAAUUACAUGCACGUCCGAAGAUUAUAUUUAUGCCAACUAGCCCAUAUUUUGAGUCUGUUACCCGGUUUAGCCCAUAUUUGUGUACAAGUACCUUUUAUAUAAGGUUAUACAUUAUGUAUAUAAUGUCGUAUAAUAUUGUAUAUUGGGCUACGUGGCGUAAUAUUUUAUGUUGGGCUGUAUAUUUUUGAAAAUUUACCUUUUUAAAUUGCAUGGAUUUGGUUUUACUGUCCAUUCUGUUAUUUUCAUGAAUCACGGUAAUUAUUUUUUGGCUGUAAAUAGUUGCUGUUUCAAUUUUGGCAUAUCUGGGUUUUGGAUGUAUAUUUCCUAAGUAUUUCCCUUUUUGUUUUAUUUGUCAACAGCUUUCAUUAUUGGCCCUAUUUGAUGCUUGUGAAACAUAAAAAGUCUGAUUUUUGGAUGUUGGUGUUUUGAUAUCUGCAAAGACCCACCAGGUGUAAUUUGGGAGCGUUCGCCUUUAAAUUUUUUGGUAUAUCUGUGUGUUUUGGUCUUUAUACAGAAAACAAAAUCGUAUUUCGGUGACACUCAUUCUUCGCGUUCCAUAGCUUACAAUUUGUGCCUCCCUUUCCUGCUAGGACUGGAAAUCCUGUAUUUUACAUAUUCAUACGAUUGAGUUCUUGGGUUUCCGAAAUAGUGUAAAAAGAAGUGCUUCGAAUCAUUGCUAUUUGAGUCGGACCUGUUCUGAAACAGUCGAGGUAUUUUGAAUUGUUUCUUGACACAGAUAAAGUCAGGGAAAACCUCUGAAAUUAUUUCAAUAGGCUGAACCAUUGCUAAUUUCUAGGGGAGUUAAGACUGUAUCGGCCUUUUUCAUUUUUGAGAAUGAAGAGGUUACUUUGUGUAGCUUCAUUGUGAAUUGCUGCCCAUUGUUCCAGGAUAAAGAAAGCAAAGGGUUAACUGAUAAGCUCAAGUUUCUUGAGGGGAAAAAUGCAAUUUGGACGGUCAAUAGUGAAUUAUUUUCUUAUUGUAUUUUGAAUUUCAUUCUCUCCAAUGCCCUUCCUGUGGUGGAGGUAUUUAUGACUAAUUCUCAACCAGAACCUUGCCCCUACGAUCAGCAUCAUUCUUCUUCUCCUUUGAGUACAAAGGAGCUUAAUUCAUCUGAGCUUCAGUCUAACCAGCCAUAUUCAUCAGAAUGCCCCCCAAAGGAUAGGAAACGCCUUGUAUCGUGGGGUGGAACAGAGGACCAUUGGCAUGACAAAGCAGCUUUUGAAAUAUCAUGUGAUUUGUCUAGGGUGGCUUCAUCUGGAGCAGCGUCCACCCGUGGUCCGUCUUUGUCUAGGGCUUCUUCUCGUGUCCGGGAUAAGCAGAACAAAUCACAGAGGCUUCUUCAGAAAAGCAUGCAGCUGGAGGAUAGCUUAUUACAUGGAAGUACCCCUAGGUUGAUCCAUGUUAAUGAUCCAAAGAAGACUAAUGAUAAGUUUGAUUUCUGUGGAAAUGAGAUCAGAACUAGCAAGUAUACACUAAUAAAUUUCUUGCCUAAGAACCUAUUCAUUCAGUUUCAUCGGGUUGCUUAUUUAUACUUUUUAGCUAUUGCUGCCCUGAAUCAGCUUCCACCUCUUGCUGUAUUUGGGAGAACUGUAUCUCUAUUUCCUCUUCUGUUUGUGCUUUCCGUGACAGCUGUAAAAGAUGGUUAUGAGGAUUGGCGGAGACACAGAUCAGAUCGGAACGAGAAUAACCGGGAGGCUCUAGUACUUCAAUCUGGGAAGUUUCAGUUAAAAAGAUGGAAGAAUAUUUGGGUUGGUGAGGUUGUGAAGAUCCUUGCUAAUGAGACAAUGCCUUGUGACAUGGUGUUGUUAGGAACCAGUGAUCCUAGUGGAAUUGCUUAUAUUCAGACAAUGAAUCUUGAUGGUGAAUCAAACUUGAAGACAAGGUAUGCUAGGCAAGAAACAACUUCAUUAGUGUGUGAAGGGGAGACGAUUUCGGGAGUUAUUAGAUGCGAACAGCCUAACAGGAAUAUUUAUGAAUUCAUGGCCCACAUGGAGUUGAAUGGGCAUAGGUUUCCGCUCAGCCAAUCAAAUAUCAUAUUGCGUGGUUGUCAGCUGAAGAACACAGAGUGGGCAGUUGGAGUAGCGGUUUAUGCUGGGCAAGAGACUAAAGCUAUGUUGAACAGCACUGCAUCUCCAUCUAAAAGAAGCAGGCUGGAAACAUACAUGAACCGGGAAACCCUUUGGCUGUCUAUUUUCCUUUUCGUGAUGUGCUUGGCUGUAGCAAUUGGGAUGGGUCUAUGGUUGAAGCGCCAUGAGGAGCAGCUUGAUACCUUGUCUUAUUAUCGGAGACUUUACUUUGAUGAAGGAAAAAAUCAUGGCAAACAGUAUAAAUAUUAUGGGAUUCCUAUGGAAUCCUUUUUCUCCUUUCUGAGUUCGAUCAUAGUUUUCCAGAUAAUGAUACCUAUAUCUCUUUAUAUCACCAUGGAGUUAGUUCGCUUGGGACAGUCGUAUUUCAUGAUUGGAGACAGGCAUAUGUAUGACAGUAGCAGUAAUUCAAGAUUUCAGUGCAGAUCCCUAAAUAUCAAUGAGGAUUUGGGUCAGAUUCGCUAUGUUUUUUCUGAUAAAACAGGAACACUUACUGAAAAUAAGAUGGAAUUCAGAAGAGCUAGUGUGUGGGGGAAAAGUUAUGGGAGAUCCCUUUCGGCUGCUGGUGCAUCAGUGAACACAGAUAUUGGAGAAGAACCACUAACAGAGCCUUCAAGUCGAAGAAAGUUGAGGCUCAAAUCAGAAGUUCCAACUGAUGUUGAACUAAUGGCAUUUUUACAUACAGAGGUAGAUGGAGAAGAGAGGAUUGCUGCCCACGAGUUUUUCCUGACUUUGGCAGCAUGUAAUACCGUGAUUCCUAUUUGUACCAAUAGUUCUUCAUGUGAUGUACAGAAUAAUGUGGAUGACUCUAGUGUCAGCAUCGAGUAUCAAGGUGAAUCUCCUGAUGAACAAGCACUAGUAGCUGCUGCAUCUUCUUAUGGCUACACAUUGUGUGAGCAGACAUCUGGUCAUAUUGUGAUUGAUGUGAAGGGUGAGAAACUAAGGUACAUAUUGUGCACAGCUUUUUCUACAACUUCUGCAUUGACAGAUUGGAGUAGUAUGUUUUAUUCUGUCAUCUAUACUUCUGUACCUACAGUAAUUGUUGGUAUUCUGGACAAGGAUUUAAGUCAUGAGACACUACUGAGGUAUCCAAAACUCUAUGCUGCUGGCCACAGACAUGAGAGUUACAAUAUGAAACUCUUCUGGCUCACGAUGAUUGAUACAGUAUGGCAAAGUCUUGUUCUUUUCUUUGUACCAGUACUAACUUAUUAUCAGAACGAAAUUGACAUAUGGAGUAUGGGUAGCUUGUGGACAAUUGCAAUAGUGAUCCUUGUCAACACGCACUUGGCAAUGGACAUACAGCGCUGGGCAAUAUAUACUCAUAUGGCAGUGUGGGGGUCAAUUAUUAUCACGUAUGUCUGUUUGGUGGUGGUGGACUCUAUACCUGUCUUCCCUAAUUAUGGCUGGUGAAGUCACCUGCCUACUGGCUCUUAAUUUUGCUCAUUAUGGUGAUGGCUUUGCUUCCUCGCUUUAUUCUCAAAGUUACACACCAAAUUUUCUGUCCGUCAGACAUCCAGAUAGCUAGAGAAGCAGAGGUAUUGAGGAGAAGAGCUAGCCAUUCUAAGUCUAGGCCAGAUCACAAUGAAAGCUAAUGUGUGCUGUCAACAUUGUCAAUCACCCCAUUUGAAUAUAGCUUUGGUUGGGCUUUCCCGGUGCUUCGCUUCUAUUCUGGUAUAGAAGUUGCAGAUGAGCUACAGCAACGUAGGGCCAGCUGGUGAAACCGUUAACAGAAGGCGGAUAAAAGCAGUUGGAGUCACCAUUUGAAUGAGAGAAAAGGGAAGAAGAGGGUUGAACUUAAAGCCGGACCGUGAUGAUUAGUGGAGAGUCCCUGAAGACGAUCUGGCUGAGGCAGAAAAGGCGAAUAAAGACAAUGGGAUGGAUUAUAUAACUGUUUGUUGCUAUUUAGAGGUGUAAAUGAUAGGCUGAUUGUUAGGUAUUCAGUGUAUUAAGUUAUUGCAGUAAUUACAUCCAUAUGUAUAUAUAUAGAGAGAGGGAGAGAGAGAGUGAAAGAAGAGAAAUGCAGACUGACAAAGGGAGAAAGAAAUGCUAGUGUAUAAUGGGCUUCUUGUAAAGUUCAGGUUUUCCAUUCCUGCUCUUUCAACACAUUGAAGGAGAAAAAGUAAGACAAACUUCCAUCUCGAAUUUUUGUUUUUCCUCAAAGGAAUAAUUUAGAAGAAAAACUAGUAGUAUAUCA